GGGGAAAUGGCCAAGCCGAAAUGACGAGUCGAAACUGACCCUUUUCCCCUUUCCUCAUUUUCCUGCAAAAAUUUGAUGACCAGGAAAACAUGUUAGGGGUCGCUGCUUUCACACCCCCACCAAUCCCAUCAUCUUCUUUGAUUUCAACCACAAGCCCUCUAUCAAUUCCCUCACAAACCCUCCUCAAUUCCUCUUCUUUACUUCUCAAACCCCAAACCCAAAUACCAAGAAAACCCAAAAAAUUUGUAGUAUUUGCAAACAACCCCAGUGGCAAGGAGAGGGAAGACGAGAAAGACAAAGAAGAAGAAAUUGGAUUCGGCGGUGGUGAUGAUGAUUUGAGAGAGAAUCAACGGCCCUUAUUCGGCAACAUCAGAUGGGGUGAUCUGCUGCUGGACCCAGAUCCUAACAACAUCUUGGCCGUCGGAUUGACGGGGCUGCUGACGUGGGCAAGCGUGCAGGUGCUAUGGCAGCUGGUGUUCAUCGCAUUGGCUAUACUUGUUGCUGCUGUAAAGUAUUCUUUCAUAGCUGCUGUUCUUCUUUUCAUUCUCAUUGCCCUUCUUUAAGCGAGGCUGGCUCUUCUUCCUAAUUUGACCCUAAUGAGGGCUUCCCA